CAGAAAAGAAAAAAGAGAAAGAACUUUUAAAAAGAAAAAAUUUACAGCCCAUAACUUAAUCAUUACACCAUCAAAUCAUUACUUUUCCCAAAUCCUACAAUUCUUUAUUGUUUUGGCGGUAAAAAUGGCGCCAUUUUUUCUUCUUCUUCUAUAUUUGGAAACCUCUAAACUGAAUCUGCCAAGUCUUUCCUUCGAAAAAAAGUGGGGUAUUUGCAAUCAGAUUCAUCAGAUUCUCACUUUCUUCAGGAUGGAGAACUUUCUUCAGAUUCUUCAUCUGCAAAUCAGGUCCAUCUUCCUUGCUUUUUAAGUUGACUUUUUUCUUCAUUUGCACUUCUUCAAUGUCUUCUUCCACCAUCUUGCUCCCUUCACCUCCUGUCAUAGAAACACAAACACAACCCGAAGUGGAAAUUGAAAAUCAGUCAAAUGCAGAAAAUCAACGGGUUAAUAAUAAGUGCACACACAAACUGUGUGAUGAAACUAGGGCUUUAAUCAUACAAACCCUUCUCCAAAACUUGAAGAAGGGGAAACCGGGCACGGAUGUGAUGAAACAACUUGCUGAGCAAUACCAAAUCAAUCCAAAAACAGUUCAAAGAUUGUGGGCAGAAGCUAAACAACAAAUGAAAGAUGGCAUAAGUGUACGGGUCAUUGGUCGAAUGAAGGGAAAGUCUUGUGGGAAAGCAGGUCUCAGUCUACCCGUGGAUAAGGUCUCAGCUGUGUCCCCCAAUAAAAGAAGAACCAUUAGGGCAUUGGCAAAGGCAGUUUCAAUGUAAAGACUAGCAUACAGCGAUUGGUUAAUCGAGGAAAACUCAAGGCUCACACAAAUCCAAUCAAGCCUCACUUGACAGAAGAUAAUAAAGUAAGGAGAUUAAAUUUCUGCCUGAGUAAGCUGCAACAAAACACUUUGCAGACAACCCCACAAUUUCAUGACUUUUAUGAGUAUGUGCAUGUGGAUGAGAAAUGGUUUGAAAUGACUCAAGCUACACAGAGAAUGUACUUGCAUGCAGAAGAAGAAAGUAAUCUGCAUAGGACUAUUCAAUCCAAAAAACAUAUCACAAAAGUUAUGUUCUUGGCUGCAUCAGCCAGGCCAAGAUUUGAUGAAGAUGGUGAGGUCUUAUUUGAUGGAAAAAUUGGAAUUUUCCCAUUCAUAUUCACAGAACCUGCACAAAGGAAUAGCAGAAAUAGACCAAGGGGCACAUUGGUUACCAAACCAGUACCAAUAGUGAACAAAGAUGUGUACAGGAGCUUUUUGAUCAACAAAGUCAUUCUUGCAAUUAAGGAAAAGUGGCCUACUGGUUCCAACAAAAGGGUCAUCAUUCAACAAGACAAUGCCAAGCCACACAUUGCAUGUAAUGAUCCUGCAUUUCUCCAAGUAGCCCAGGCUGAUGGUUUUGACAUAUCAUUAACAUUUCAACCACCAAACAGUCCAGAUCUAAAUGUGUUAGACCUUGGCUAUUUUAGAGCAAUUCAGUCACUACAACAAGACCACAAAUGCAAAACUAUAGAUGACCUUGUUCAUGUUGUGACAAAGUCUUACAAUGAGUUUGAACCUAUGCGCUCCAACUUUGUGUGGCUAAGUCUGNUCAAG